AUGGAUAAAUUUGAACAAACAUGGUAUAACAAUAAUAACUAUUAUUAUGAUAAUUUAGUCACACGAUAUUAUGCCACGGAAUCAGUGAAAUUUCAACGGGGUAAACCACACGUUAAUAUUGGCACCAUUGGACACGUGGAUCACGGGAAAACAACGUUGACAGCCGCGAUAACAAAGUGUUUAGCUGCUAAAGGUCAAGCUCAAUUUAAAGAUUAUAGUGAAAUUGAUAAAGCUCCUGAAGAGAAAGCAAGAGGAAUUACUAUUGCCACGGCUCAUGUUGAAUAUGAAACAAAUCCAAGGCAUUACGCGCAUGUCGAUUGUCCCGGGCAUGCUGAUUAUAUUAAAAAUAUGAUUACUGGUGCUGCACAGAUGGACGGGGCAAUUAUCGUCGUAUCUGCUACAGACGGGCAAAUGCCUCAAACUCGUGAACAUUUAUUGCUUGCUCGCCAAGUCGGUGUCUCAUCGCUUGUCGUAUUUAUAAAUAAAGUCGACGCGAUUGAUGACCCAGAAAUGUUGGAACUUGUCGAGAUGGAAAUGCGUGAUUUAUUGGGACAGUAUGGUUUCGAUAGUGAGAAUACGCCGAUUGUGCAGGGUUCGGCGCUUGCUGCUUUGGAAGGUCGUGAUCCGGAAAUUGGCGAACAGGCGAUAUGGAAGUUGAUGGAUGCCGUUGAUACACAUAUCCCAACUCCUGUUCGAGAUUUGGAUAAACCGUUUUUGAUGGCUGUUGAAGUGGAAAGAGGAACGUGUGUCAAAGGUCAAGAAGUAGAAAUUGUCGGAAUGGGCUCGCCAAUCAAAACCACGCUUACCGGUGUCGAAAUGUUUCACAAAGAACUUGAUCGAGGCAUGGCUGGUGAUAAUAUGGGCGCUUUAUUACGCGGUAUAAAACGUGAACAAGUACGUCGAGGACAAGUACUUUGCGCUCCUGGAACUGUAAAAUCACACAAAAAAUUUUUGGCCCAAUUAUACGUGUUGACUAAAGAAGAAGGCGGACGACACACUCCGUUUGUUGAAAACUAUCGACCACAAAUGUUUUUCCGAACAUCGGAUGUCACUGUGCACCUCACGUAUCCAGAUGGGACAGAAAAACCAGAAGAGAAAAUGGUGAUGCCGGGUGAUAAUGUCAUGCUUAAAUGUGAACUGCAGCAUGAUAUGGCCGUUGAAACUGGUUUGCGUUUCACGAUUCGAGAAGGUGGGAAGACUGUUGGUACUGGUGAGUAG